AUGGAUCAAAAGGAUAAAGAUGCUAUUGAUUGUACAGAUGUUGAUAAAUUCAACAAGCCAACACUUUCUGUACCACAGUUGUCAUACUCAUCGGAUUCGUUGGGGAGGAUUAAUAAUAGAUCUCAGCAGCAGGUGAACUCAAAAGACACCAUUUCUCCUUGUCAUGUUGGGAUUAUACCCAGUGCAUCAGCAUCACAAGUUAGUAUUUUGGAUGUAACGAGGAAAUCCAAUGAUCAACAACGAGGUUUUUAUUCACAUUCAGACUAUGUUGAGUUUGAUUUGGGCCAUAAUGAUUCGAAAACAGGAGUUGUUUCAAGUGAUCGUUUAGUAAUUAAUAGAAAUGAUGGCACAAAAGCUAAACUUGUUAAAAAAGGGCUAGCGGGUGACGAAAUAUCCCAUGAAGAUAAAGCAGCUCAGCUAUACCUUGGUGAAACUUUGAACUCAGUGUUCAAGCCUAUUGAUGAUCAUACUGAAUCACCCUACUCCAAUAUUACAGAAACAAAAACAGAUCAAUUAGCAGGGAAUUCUCAAAGGCACAAGACAAUCGUUGAACAAAAUGGAGUCGAAGAAGAGGAUGAAGAUGAAUGGAAGCAAAUGGAAGCUACAGCAAAUGAUGAUUUUUAUGGUGAGAAUGGUGCGUCAACAACAGAAGCUGAUACAAACCCAGAGGCUUCACACGAAGGUGGGAGAACUGGGUACACUAGAAUAGCAGCCGAAGAACAAGCUGAAAGGUACAAAGAAGCAGAUAAGAAAACUGACUUUUUAUUCAAAUCUAAUAAAGGUCCUCGAUCACAAGUGGCUGAUGCAUUCUAUGAUGAUAUGGACGAAGAAGAUAAUUUUGAGGAAGAUACUUUCGAUUAUCAAACACAAAACCCUUUAUCACAAUUACAAACCACCAAAAAGCUUUUGAAAGAUUCUCAAAAAUUUGGUUAUGUUGGUUUGGUCAAGUUAGUAAUGAACGAAAUGGCUACAGACUUAGCGAAACAAGCUUUGAUGUCAAAAAACUACUUUAGAGGUUCAAAAUUUGUCAAACGGAUGAAUCUUUCGCAAUCAAAUUUUGGCCAAUGGCAGUACAAAAUUAUUGAUAGGCUAUAUAGUCAUCUUGAACUAACCAAAGAAGAGUCUAAAAUGAUUGAGUCGUUAAGCUCACAUGGAAUUGAACCAGACGACUUAGCAAAGUCUUUGAAAGUUCAUGAAAUUGUUGAAAAUCCUGCUUUUGAUCGCGAGGCUCAAAAAAGUGUUGAUUCAAAAAGCUUAGAAGAUAAAAAUGCUACUAUUGAGAUUGAUGUUGCUUGGACAGUGCUUUGCGAUUUGUUUUUGGUUCUACUAGCAGAUUCAGUGUAUGACUCAAGAUCUAGAACUUUGUUGAUAAAAUUUGGAAAGUUGAUUGGGCUUGAUGAAUUGGAAAUUUUUCAAUUUGAGAGAAGAAUCACAGAUUCUUUACAACUGGAAGAUUCAUCGGAGCAAGUUUGGGACGAGAGUGAAAUUUUAUCCUCUAGAAAGAGGAAGGCCAAAAAGAAGAAACUCAUGUAUGUCGGUAUCGCAACAAUUGGUGGUUCUUUAGUAUUGGGGUUGAGUGCUGGACUCUUGGCCCCUGUUAUAGGUGCUGGUAUAGCCGCAGGGUUGACUACCAUUGGGAUUGGAGGUACUUCAGGUUUUUUAGCUGGUGCUGGAGGUACGGCCCUGGUUACAGUUACCGGUACAGCUAUUGGUGCAAAGAUUGGAUCUAGUGGAAUGAUAAAAAGAGUGGGUGAUGUGAAGACUUUUGAAUUUAUUCCCUUACACAAUAACAAACGAGUGAAUUUGAUAAUAACCGUUUCAGGUUGGAUGAAUAGCAAAGCUGAUGAUAUUCGCUUACCCUUUUCAACCGUGGAUCCAGUCAUGGGGGAUUUGAUUUCAUUAUUAUGGGAACCAGAAAUGCUUCAAUCUACUGGUCAAACUGUUGGAAUUUUAGCCACCGAAGCAUUGACUCAAUCAGUUCAACAGAUUUUAGGAGCCACAAUUUUAAUGGCAUUGAUGAGUGCUGUUCAAAUCCCAAUGGCACUUUCUAAAUUAGGAUAUUUAUUGGAUAAUCCAUGGAAUGUUUCUCUUGAUCGAGCAUGGAAAGCAGGUUUGAUUUUGGCUGAUACAUUAAUCUCAAGAAAUUUAGGCGUUAGACCAGUCACUCUCGUUGGAUUCUCUUUGGGCUCCAGGGUUAUUUAUUCUUGUUUAUUAGAACUAGCAAAAAGGGGUGCUUAUGGACUUGUGGAGAAAGUUGUUUUGUUUGGAUCACCAGUUGUUGUUUCCACUGAGGAGCUAGCACUUGCAAGAUCUGUUGUAUCUGGUGAUUAUAUCAAUGGUUUUUCUAAAAAGGAUUGGAUUUUAGGUUAUUUAUUUAGAGCUACCAGUGGUGGGCUAAGAAGAGUUGCUGGACUAUCACCUAUUGAAAACUUUGCGGGUAUUCAAAAUUUUGAUUGCACUUCAUAUGUACAAGGCCAUAUGGAAUAUCGUAAGGCAAUGCCCCAACUUUUAUCUCAAUUAGGAUUUCAAGUAUUAGCAGAAGAGUUUGUUGAAAUUGAUGACCCAGAUCCCGAGCAGACAGAAAGACAACGCCAGUUGAUUUUAGAAUUUGACGAAGCAAGAAAACAGAUGGAGAAUGAACAAGCGAAUGGUAAAAAGAAAGGCUUUUGGAAAAAAUGGUUUGGUCCAAAGAAAAAAGAAUGGUGGAACAUUUACAAUGUUGAUGAUCUUAAUAAGUCAGAUAAUUCAGGAAAAGAAACCCCACAAAAGUUUGAUUUUGAUGUUGAUGAAGUGAUGAACGAGGUUGAGCAGUUGAAGCUAAAUGAGGAGAUACAUGAAAAAAACCGAAAGACUAAACCCAACCAAAAGGGCUCUGAGGAAGAAUCAAAAUCUAUAGAGCCGGAACCGCUUGCCAUUGAUCAUAAUUUUAUUUUAUACACAAAAUCAAAGGAAGAUUUCAGCAUUAAUCUCAACAGCACUAGCAGCAUAAGGAAUUUCGAAAUUGUUCAAAACUUGAGGAUGUAG